GGAGUUCUUCUGUUCUUCCCCAAAUUGAAAACCCUAGAUCUGGAAACCCUAAAACUACCAAAUCCCUAAUUCCUGUCACCACAGACACUGAAUAGAUUCGAAUUAGUAGAAAGUAGAAACAAUGGAGCAACACAAAGAUCAAGAGCAAGAGCACGAGGUGUACGGAGGAGAUAUACCGGACGAGGGAGAGAUGGAAGCCGAUGCGGAUAUGUACGAUGGAGGUGAAGAAGAUGAGGGCCAUGAGAUUGAUCCAAACGCCAGCUCCAAGGAAUUGGAGGACAUGAAAAGGAGACUCAAGGAGAUCGAAGAAGAGGCUGGCGCCCUCCGCGAAAUGCAAGCGAAAGUCGAGAAGGAGAUGGGCGCUGUCCAAGAUCCAUCCGGUGCUACUGCCUCUCAAGCUGAAAAGGAGGAAAUUGAUUCCCGGUCAAUUUAUGUUGGUAAUGUAGACUAUGCAUGUACUCCUGAAGAGGUCCAGCAGCAUUUUCAAUCCUGUGGGACUGUAAACCGAGUGACAAUUUUGGCAGACAAAUUUGGCCAGCCAAAAGGAUUUGCUUAUGUUGAAUUUGUAGAAAUUGAUGCUGUUCAGAACGCUCUUUUGUUGAAUGAAUCAGAACUGCAUGGUCGUCAAUUAAAGGUCUCCGCUAAGCGGACAAACGUUCCUGGAAUGAAAAAGUAUCGAGGAAGACGACCGAACCCAUUUUAUCAAUCCGGAGGGCCUUUCAUGCCUGGUCCUGCCUUCUAUGCUCCAUAUAGUUACGGGAGGGUUCCAAGGUUCAGGCGGCCAAUGCGGUACAGGCCAUAUUAAGAUGGAAUUUGCAUCGAUGAUAGCCGUAAUUGUCAGUGAUCAUUAGUUGUUGGUUCAUGAUGGUCAUAUGAUUAUCUCUGUAGGCAAAGUUGUAUCGACAUUUGCACACCAAAUAGCUAGUUUAGAUAUCCUCCUGAUUGCUCUUCUUUCCGGGGCGAUAUGACAGAUAAGAGAAACAUGACGAUUGGUUUUUCUAUUGGUUAACACAGCGUAAUAUAGACACGAUGUAACCAAAAAAAUUACAUUUUAACGUAGUUUAACUUCAACUCAGUUGUUUUU